GCUGUACCGAUCAGUCUCCGUCAGUCCUCCCGCAGUUCUGUGCUCCAGCACGGGGUCAGAGCCGCAGGUUGAGGAUGAUCCGCGCGGGGUUUCGGUUCCUCCAGUCCGCCGUUCAGAACACCGGACAGGCCUGCAGAAGUCCUCUGGCAGUGGUGGAGCAGGUCAGGGGGUAUUAUGUGGACUGGAGGAUGCUGAAAGAUGUGAAGAGGAGACAGAUGGCGUACGAUUUCUCAGACACACGACUACGAAUCAACGCCCUCAGGAAGAACACUGUGUUACCCAAAGAGUUACAGGAGGUAGCAGAUAAGGAAAUCGCUGCUUUGCCUCGAGACAGCUGUCCCGUCCGCAUUCGUAACAGGUGUGUGAUGACCUCUCGGCCGCGGGGAGUGAAGCGCAGGUGGCGCGUGAGCCGAAUCGUCUUCAGACACCUCGCCGACCACAACCAGAUGUCCGGGGUACAGCGAGCUAUGUGGUGAAAACCUGCAGCCUUUACAGUGGAUUUACUGCAGUUUAGUGGACAGUGUGAUGCUGUAGACGGGUCUGGAUCAGGACUCAGAGAUUAACAGUCUGACUUGUCCUUAACUUGUGUAAUAUAUAUAAAUAUAUAUAUAACAUUCUGUUUCAUUUUUCUGCCACUGAGGAUAUUGACCUCCAAUAUGUUAAAAUGAGUCUGGUCAGUGUUUCAUUGUUUCAAAUGUAAUAAAAUGUGUACAAUAUAAAA